CAGGAGCCAUACUCAAGACAGAAACGGUGAACAGCGGAUCUGCCAUACAGCCACAACUAUGAACUCAGUCACUGCCUUCAUUGCCUGCCUGCUUAUCCUAGGUGCACAAGGACAACCAGCCAGCAAAUCUAAUAAAUGCAAGUGUUACAGUUACAUUGGCAGGAUCAGCCCAAAGCUCAUCAAGGCUGAGCCAGUGAUACACUACCCAAGUAUCUUCUGUCCACAUACAGAAAUCAUUGUUACCACAAAAGCAGAUAUGAAGAGGUGUGUGAGUCCAGAGUCCCCACUUGGACGACACAUUCUAAAAAAUC